UCGCUGUGCAGUAAACUGGGCACAUCUUUCAUUAAGUCGCAGACGUACGGUUGCGUAGGGCAGAUUUUUGAAAUACGUUUGCUGGUGCGUGUGUGUGGGUUCUUAGUGAAUCCACUUUCUUUGGAUUUACCACGCUGGAACUAAUGGAAUUAGAGAAUAUUGUUGCUAAUACGGUGUAUUUGAAGGCUAGAGAAGGUGGUGCUGAUAGCAACAAAGGGAAAAGCAAAAAAUGGAAAAAAAUUCUACAGUUUCCUCAUAUUUCACACUGUAUAGAUCUAAAGAACAAAAUAGAUUGCAGGUAUUCUUAUGUUGUAGAACAGCAGCCUAUUGGGCAUCAAUUGUUCAGGCAAUUCUGCGAAACAAAGCCCCAUUAUAGUAAAUGUAAUGACUUUCUAGAUAUAGUGGAUAUAUAUGAAGUACAGUUAGACGAGGAUAGAGCAGAUGUUGCUCAGGAGGUCUUCAGUAAAUAUUUAAGCAAAGAUUCCAGUGAAUUCGUAGAUGUUGUUAAUGAAGAUCUGAUAGAAAGAUGUCAUGCAAAUCUCCAAACGGCCAGCAGAGAUUUGUUUACUGAGUGUGCAAGGGCUGUCAAAGAGUUCUUGUCUCGGGAGCCAUUUAAAGAGUUUGAAAACAGCAUGUACUUUCAUAGAUACUUGCAGUGGAAAUGGCUAGAGAGCCAGCCAGUGACAGCAAAAACCUUCCGAAUGUACCGUGUCUUAGGAAAGGGUGGUUUCGGUGAGGUCUGUGCUUGUCAGGUGAGAGCUACAGGAAAGAUGUAUGCAUGCAAGAAAUUGGAAAAAAAAAGAAUAAAAAAAAGAAAAGGAGAAUCUAUGGUUUUGAUAGAAAAGAAUAUACUCCAGAAAAUAAACUCAAGAUUUGUUGUCAGUCUAGCCUAUGCAUAUGAAACAAAAGAUGCUCUUUGCCUUGUGCUCACAAUAAUGAAUGGUGGUGACCUGAAGUUUCAUAUUUAUAACAUGGGGGGAGAACCUGGAUUUGAUUUGGAACGUGCAAGGUUUUAUGCAGCUGAAGUUACUCAAGGCUUAGAACAUUUACAUGCUCAAGGAAUAGUAUACAGGGACUUGAAGCCAGAGAAUAUUUUACUGGAUGAUCAUGGACAUGUUAGGAUAUCUGAUCUGGGCUUAGCAACAGAAAUUUUAGAAGGUGAAAUGGUAAGAGGGCGAGUUGGAACUGUUGGAUAUAUGGCACCAGAAGUAAUAGACAAUGAGAAAUACACUUUCAGUCCUGAUUGGUUUAGUCUUGGUUGCUUUAUAUAUGAAAUGAUUGAAGGUCAGGCACCAUUUCGGGCUAGGAAAGAGAAAGUUAAAAGAGAAGAAGUUGAACGGCGAGUGAAAGAAGACAAAGAAAGAUAUUCCUCAAAAUUUAGUGAUGAUGCCAAGUCCUUGUGUCAUGAGCUGCUGAAAAAGUCUGUGAAAGAAAGGUUAGGUUGUAAUAAUGGAAGAUACGGAUCACUGAAAGUGAAGGCUCACCCAUUCUUCAAAUCUAUCAACUGGAAAAGGCUGGAAGCUGGAAUACUUCAACCUCCUUUUGUGCCUGAUCCUCAUGCUGUGUAUGCCAAAGAUGUAUUGGAUAUAGAGCAGUUUUCCACAGUAAAAGGAGUAAAUUUAGAUGCUAGUGAUGAUACAUUUUAUAGUAAAUUUAAUAUGGGAAGCAUUUCUAUACCUUGGCAAAAUGAAAUGAUAGAAACAGAGUGCUUUCAAGAGCUAAAUGUUUUCGGACCUGAUGGAACUCCAAGUCCAGAUUUAAUGCUAGAUCAGCCUCCACCAGUUGAACCUUCUGGGUGCUUUCCAUUCCGUAAGAAGGCUAAAAACUGGAAAAUUCCUAACAAAGUGAAAACAUCAAAUAGCCAUGCUCAUUUGUCUUUAUCUGAAGAACCUAAUUCAUCUGUUCUGUUACUUCCUGUCUCUGGAGCUUCCAGUGGUGUAAAUUCCAUGGGCCAAGAACUGUCUUUCCCUGCUAGCUGAAAGGUAAAAUUUUAGCACAAAGUGAAUUGCCAAAAGUCAUUCCUGAAUGUGAUCAUAUUAGGCACUCAUGGUUUUUUUUUGGGCCACCAUGCAUCCCCAUUGACUUUCAUGUUUGAUGGUGUCUUUCAUAUCUGUCAUGCUGUUGGAGUUCCUGUAGCGUGAUGUGUAAAUGUGUUAGUUGUGUACAGCUGGAUCUGUUCUCCCUUUUAAUAACUGACAAGCAUGAUGCUUGGUAAAUAAAACCAACGUCUUGUGCAUUUCCUUUCUGAUACCAUUAUAUAAGUACAAUUUAAUGCAACUUUAACUCAAAGAACUGUUGUGUUGAUAACUAUUAAUUUUUUAAACAACUCAGUCUUCAUCUUGAUAUUUCUAUUUCUUCAUUCAUUCAUUUAUUCUGUGUUUUGUGCUGAAGCCUGAUCUGAAAAAAGCUAGAGGAUAUAAUUUCUAGCAUAUCUAGACGUGUGUGCCAUUUUUGUUAAAUGUUGUUAAUCUGUCAGUGCAUUUUUAAUUACAAUGGAUAUGAUUGCAGUUGUAUAAGCUAUUAUAACUGCAAUGUCUCUCAUUUUGACUGAAAUCAUUUCAAUGAAGUAUGCAAAGGUUAGCUCUAAUAAAUUAAUCAUUCAAAGUUUAAUAUUGCUUUAGUUCUCUAAAAUACUGUACGUUAUCCAUAUAAUUAAAGUAAUUAAUAAUUACUGUGAUGCUUUAUUAUUUGUAGAUUGUGUAUCUACAAUAAAAGUUUUAGUCUGUAGAUUGGAUUUAGAAGUUAGCCUUUGCAAUCAUAGAUUAGAAUGAAAAGUAAUUUUUUUACAUGCUUCGAUUUCUCAAUAUCUUAAAUAAGCAUAGAAUCUUGAUUCUAUGAAUAAUGCUGUAAUGCCCCAUGGGUAUUGAAUACUAAAUAUAUUAAAUGUAUCAUCAAUAGUUAGGGCUUAUGGUUUUUGUUAUUAAACUCUUUUAAAAAUUACAUGUAAAAUAUUGUUUAUGUAUUUUUUAAAAUUUUAAUUCCAAAUUUAUACAGUAUUUUUAAGCAUAUAUAGUAUACUUUAAAAAGAAAGUUAAAACAUUAUAAUGCAUACAGGUUACUUGAGGCUAAAGUAAAUGGUCUGCAUGUGCUAAAUUAUAUUUUAUUAAUUUUUUCUUCCUUCCAAGGAAAAUAAGGGAUAAAUGUGAUUCUACUGAAGCUUUGAAAUGUCACAUUUGACAAACUUCCUAGCAUGGUUUACAUGAAGUAUUCCAGAGCUGAAGUAAGUUAUAGAAAUGCGAUCUGAUUUUAUUGUGGAAUAGUAUUAAUCGCGAUUCAAAUGUUGAGAUGACCGCUUAUCUUAAGAUCUUAACACUGUUUAGGCUGUAUUGAAUAUAUACAUAAAGAUUAUUUGCAGAACACGAUUCAAAUGUUGAGAUGACCGCUUAUCUUAAGAUCUUAACACUGUUUAGGCUGUAUUGAAUAUACAUAAAGAUUAUUUGCAGAACACGUUUCAUAAAGAACAUGCAUUCUGUUUCAAAAUUUUGUCCUAGAGAAAAUAGUUUAUAUAGUCCAGCAGAAGUAAGAUACUAUAUCUUUGGGAUAGAAAGUAUUAUCUGGGAUGUCUUGUGAAGUUUGAAAACACUACUUUGUGAAAUUCUAAUCCAUUUAAAAUACUAUUACUACUUUAAGCAUUGUUGAGCUGUCGGUCAGCAAUUUUAUUUGCAGAUCUGUAGGUUGUAAAUUUGGAAUAUCUGUAUAGCAUAGCAUAUUGGAUUGACUUCAUGAAAUAUUACACAUUAGAGGUUUUAAUUGAAAGUCUCUUUUCUUAAUAUAAUGUUAACAAAGCAAUAUUCUUAGACUACUACAUGACUGUUUCUAAUUUUUUAAGCAGUAGAUUAAUAUAAAAGAACUCUUAUUUCAGUUUUAGGAAUCUGCAGGAAAAAUGAUGUGAAAUAUUUUCCAUACUGACUACAUAUGCUGCCUUGAAUGGCGUUGUAAAUGGAAGGUUCAAUUUCAGAAGAAUAAUGUUCAUGAAACAUUAUACUUGACAUAUUAUCUGCCAAUAAAAUGCAUAAUUUUGACUGCUAAUUAAUCUCCAGGGUAGUGUUAUGUAAUGAAAAUGGGAAUUAUUCUGAAGACUGAAAAUCUUUUGCAUUCUGUGUAGUCUUCCAUUCUCCAUGACACAUAGGAUUUCAUGAAGGCUAUGUUUUCUUAAAAUAAAUAAAAGUAAUAUUGCUAAAAUUAAGCUUUGGCCAACAAUCAAGAUAUUAAGUGCAAAAAUAAUCUCACAAUGGGAAAAUUUAGGCAUUUUUCAUACUUGAUAUUAAAAGAGUAUUUCAUCUGUUUCUUAAUUUCUUUCAAAUGUUUCAUUUCUGUCUUCUGAAAUGGUUUCAGUUUAAACUCAAGGGGAAAUUGGAUGGGCAUUGAAAACUUGUGAUUUGAAGCUGCUAAAAAUAACAUAAGCUUUGAGUAGUUAUAAAGAAGCAUAUUACUUAAAAUUAUUUAUUUGAAGUACAUAAGGAAUCAAAUUAAGUGGUCAAAACUAUGUGCACUUAACAUGCUUAAGAUAUUUUUCCAGGAACUAUCUGAAAAACUUGCAGAUGAGCAUAUAUAUUUGAAAUCAUGUAAAAUAGAUGUUCUGAGUAAGAUAUUCUAUGAACAACUGAUUUCGGCAAUGUUUUAUUUCCAGCGUUAGAUUAAUUAGUUGUGACAAAGCAAAUGAAGGCUUACAAGUUAAGGGAGGGAUGCAUUUGCAAUGUACUUUCUAAGAGAAACUGUCUCAUGUGAAUUUUAUAUAUGGGGAAAACCACAGAAACCCCAUGCAGCCAAUCAAUUUACUGGGACUUGAUUCUAGGUCAAACUGCCAGUGCUUAGUAAUCUUUAUUUGUGGUAUAUUUAGCUAUUCAGUAAUAAGUAUAUCUUUUAUAAUCCCAUGUUUGAACUUGGAUUAUAAUGCCAGCAUUUAGUGAUCUUAUCUUAGUCUCCAUUUUUUAAGUACAAAGGACAUAGAGCACAUUAAAAAAAGUGGGGGACUUUAAGAGGUUCCCAGUUUCAGAACUGGGAUCCCUUUGUGCUAUAAGAUGCUGAAGUACAUAAUAAUGUUUGUGCUGUUUUAGGGAACAGAAUCUGAAAUAAUGCAAUUUAUCAUGUGAAAUUAUUAAAAUUUUUCUUGCCAUAGAAUAUAUUUCAUUUUACAUAUGCAAUCCAUUCCUGGAGCUUUGCAUUGUGACGUGAAUUGAAAUAAGCAGUAUUUGAUAUAUUUUUAACCACAUUUGCAAUUGAUUGUUUGUCAAUGUAUGUUGCUUUUCUAUAAUUUGAAUGAUAAGAGAUUAAUGUAAAUUAAUUCUAUAAUUUUGAAUGAUGAGAGAUUAUUAAUAUCAAUUAAUUAUAUAAUUGAAUGAUAAGAUCUUGCUUCAGGUCUAGGGUUCAAACAAAUCAAGCUCAUGCAAUUUUUUUUUUUAAAUUUAACCUUUGUAAUUCUCAAUUUUAGUUUUCUUGAAACUUUCUGAAAGUUUUAAAGACCAGAAAAAAUUCAGGUUUGGUAAACCUUUUGGAUGGCUGAAAUAAAUUUAUUCACUUUUUUAUUUGUGUUAUUGAAAAUUCUAUACUAAAGAUUUUUUUAAAGUUAGUUUGAGUACAUUUUUGGGGGGCAUUAUGACCAUGUUAGAUUGAUUUUUAGCAAGAUUUGAUUAUAAUAAAAUUACAGCAUUAAGGUUCCAUGAAAGUGAAAAGAAUCCGGAUUCAUGAGUACAAAAAUAUUAAAAAUUAAUAUGUCAUGCAAACUUCAUAAUCAAUUUAGUUAAAUCAAUAUUGUAACAUUAAGAGUUAUUUAAAAUUCUCCAAUUAUUGCGAUGAUUCUACUUAAUUUAGAAUUUAAUACAAAUAGCAAAAUUCAUAUGCCCUCUAUUAAUGAUGCAUAUGCUGUUGUUGGGGCAUAGGAAUUAAAUCUCAUUUUAGAUGUUUUAAUUGUUUAUGCUCAGCCUAGAACCAAAUCUAUAAUAACUGAUAUAUGCUUAUGUUCAUUAUAAUUAUAAAAGCUAAUUUCAUACUGUAUAAAUCCUAAAAGAUAUCAGUCUGGUUGGUUUAAUUACUAUGGAGAAACCAACGUAAUUUUAAGAAGUCUGCUGUAGUAGGCAGAAUAUAUUCAUAGUAAAUGUCUUAUGUUUGUUUUUAUUUUAGUAACUCAUGAAAAAUUUUAUAAUUCAGUUUUUGGAAAUACUGAUUUACUCAUAUAUUCCCCCCCCAGUAGCUUUUUAGCACAAGGUCCUGAAAAAUUUUUAAAUUGUCAUGUAGUUUUUCUGUUCUUCAAGAUGUUCCAAAAGCGAGCUUCCGUAAAUUUUGAAAUGGACUCAUCUACCUAUUGUAUGUUUUUGUCUUAAUUUAUUUACUUAUGGAUUUUGGGUGUAUGGGCUAUGAUUGAUGAAGCAGUAGUAAUGAAGAACUUGCAUAUACCUAAUAUGCUGAUGGUUCUGAAGAUUGUUGCACAUGGAAAGGCAGACUGAACAGUGGCAAAGAUGAUAACAGUGGUGAUAACGGCGAUAAAUUACAUUGUAGUAGAUGACACAGACAUCAAUUUCAGCAGUAUUAAAUGAUUUCAGGCCUAGAGAGCAGCAGUGACAGCAAUAAGAGCAGGUGAAAUUCAAGAUACAGUGAAGUAGAAAUGGGGAUAUCUUAUUAGAUAUUGCUAGGUAUUCUUAUUGAAAUGUAUGUUUCAUUAAAUGAAUAUGAUAGAGAUGUCUUAUUAGAUAUAAGUAGGCAUUUUUAUUGAAAUGUAGGUUUCUUUUAAAUGAAUAUGAUAGCUACAGAUAGUUUAUCUAUGGCUACUUUUCAUUUGUUAUGUUCUUAGUGUAACUCCUCCUUUGGAAAUUAAAUUAUUCGCCUAAUGUUCCUCUAGAUUUUUAUGCGAUGAAUUACUAAAAAAAAGGAGGGAAUACAUGAGUAAAAUAGAAUAUAUCAAAGUGUAUCAUUUAAAAAUGUUUCCGUAUUCUGAUUUUUUUAUCAUAAUUAUUUUUGUCUUUCAUAAUGGCUGUAGGAGAUUGGCAACUGGUAAUAGUAUUACUUUAAAAAAUUUGCCAUUAAAUGUGCAAUGUGAUUAACUGUAUUACCAAUAUAUGAUACUUAACAAGGAAGGUUGAUUUUUGCACACUUCAGGAAUUAUCUGUAUAAAUGUUUUUUAAUGCCUUAAAAAAGUUAUUAUUUUUACUAUAUGAGUUUUACAUCCUACCAAAAUAGAGAUUGUUGCCAUUUUAUUUUUGAGAAAUAUUUGUUGUAAAAGUUUUGAAUGAGUAAUGCAAUGGAAAAAUUGUACAGCAAUGUCUGAAAGUAAUUAAGUCUUCUCUUUAUGGAAUGAAUGCAAAUACAGUCAAAAGUCGUUAAUUCGGACACCCAUAAUCUGGAAUGAUCUAUAAUCUGGACCUCAAAGCUAAAAACUUUCUGCGCAUGCGCCGCGUUGACACAUGUGCAUAGGUG